CGACCAAGAUUGCAGUUGCAGGGGCGCGCGUCACGCUGCGCAGAGAGGAACAUCAUCGACUUGGUGACAGCUCAACUCCACGGUUCCGCGGUUCGAGACGGCAGCAUACACGGAGCGCAGAGGAGGCUGCCAUCAUCCUCUUGCCAUAGAGACCGAUGACCAUGGCGGCUGCCGUAGUGCCACCGCCGUCGGAUGGCUCCGUCUUCCUGACGACGACGACGACGGCGUCGACGAGCUACCUGACGCCCGCAACCUACGACGACCUCAUGACUUCGACGCUCUCCCUCGCGUCAAACCCAUCGGCGAUCAUGGCAUUUGAAGGACGCCGAGCACAAGCAUGCGGCCUCAUUGCCGCAGUGGGAGCCAAGGUCGGCUUACCCCAGCGUACAAUCGACACGGCAUUUGUCCUCUGGCACAAGUUUGGCCUCUACCAUGGCGCAAGCUCAGGCAAUGCUGGGCAGCAUGUCGCGCAGGCGGCUCUCUUUCUGGCCUGCAAGCUCAAUGAUACACCAAAGAAGACGAGGGAGCUCAUCCUAGCAUCUUACCCGCUGCGAUACCCUGAGCUCGUCAAGGCUGCUGCCGCCGCGGCUGCAGCGUCCAACGCUGGUGGCAGUGGUGGCGGCGCGAAGCAGACGCAGCAGAACCCUGCCCUUGCCAUCCUACAAGAGACGGAUGUAGAUUCCCAGCUAAUUGAGUCGGAGCGUAACAAGAUUCUCCACUUGGAAAGGACCAUGCUCGACUCAUUAGGCUAUGACUUCAAGAUCAGGCAGGCAGUCGAGAGCGUUUCACGAACGAUUGUCAAGCUCGGCAAGGCGUGGGCGGUAAACAGGGCUGUCAUUGAGAGCGCAUGGAGAAUAGCGUCAGAUAUCCACCGGACACCGUGCCCCCUGAUACACACGCCCGUCACCAUCGCACUCGCCUCGUUGCUCGCCGCUGCUCUACUUUGGCCCUCACCCAGCGAUAGAAUUAAUGAGCGAAGUGUUACAAUCGUCAAGAGCAUGUUCGGCCUCGCCCCUCGUCCGGAAUCAAACGACGGGCAAGGAGACGUCACGAUGACUGAGGCGGAUGCGGCUCCCAACGGCAGCCAUGGCAACAAUGGGAAAGAUUCAGGUUUGCAGGCACACGCACAGCGUUGGCUCACCUCCUCUGCCCUCUGGGAGCGCGAGCUCGGCAGCUACGCAGAAGGAGUAGAAGAGGUGGUUCACUCCCUUCUGGACUUGUACAUCUCGUCCGCCUCAACCUUCGCUCAGCAACAAGCGCAACACCUCAGAGCUAUGGAGCAGCACGCUGCCACGACCUCAUCCCCCUCUACUACGACGCCCAGCCCUGCUUCACCGCUCAAUCCAUCUAUCUCUCCCUCUUCUCCCUCGGAGUAUUACCAGACGACUGGCUCUGGUGGAAGUAUGACGGCAGCAGCAACUUCUUCCUCUGCGGCCAGGAAGCAGCAACAGCAGUCACUCGUCCUUCCGCCAUACGCAGUCAAUCCGCCCCCACUGGGCAUCGUCGACUGCUUUGCGCAGCAUCGUCGAAGCGGCAGCAACAGUGGCGGCGGGGAUGCACCAGCCUCUUCAUCAAAUGGCAACAGCUCAUUGGCAGCUUCCGUACCGGGGCCGAGCGCAACGUCCAUCUCUGCCACCCUGGUCAAGGACCUCACAGACGUCAAGAUCCGGCUGCGCCAGGUCGAAGAUGCGAGAAGGGAACAGUUAGCUGGGCUGCUUUCUGGAGAAGGGAGCGAAGAGGAGAAGAGCCGAUUGCGGCGGCUAAGAGUUAUUGAUGAGGAGAAGAGGAGGGUUCAGACGUUGCGCAUUCAGGUCGCCCAGGGGCAAAGCCAGCGGGACGCAACGUCGCAGCCGGCAGAGGCGACAGCGACGGUAGGAGGGACAGGCCCGAGCAGCGCAAUGCAGACGCCCGUGCAUGAUCUGUCGAUGCCACCUCCACCGGUGGGAGUGAGCGCGACUCGUGGUGUGGGUGGCACAGAGAGCCAGUCAGCGACGUCAGGAGGAGCAGGUGGAGGCGCAGUCGGGACGACGACGGCAAGACUGGUCAUCGCUCGGCCUGCUGGAUCGACAGGAGGAGCGGCUGCGAUGGGCGAGGGCGCAGCACCGAGCAGUCGUCCAGUGGUCAAGACGGCUCGCUUCCUUUUCUGAUAGAAAAGUGCAGGCAUGCAUGGGUUGCUGCUCGAUCCAAUGAAUGCAUUGCCCGGCAACUUCGAGAGGUCGUACGCAUAAUUUGUUCCGCAAGCGCAUCAUUUCCGCCAUCACAGCUUCGUCGCAGCCUUACCUCCUUCUCUCUCCUCCGCAGUAAGUCAGGCCUCCCUCUUGACAACGAUCGCGGAUGCUCCACCACCGCCGUUGCAUACGCCGGCCACACCGAUCUGUCCAGGCUUCAGCGCGUGGACGAGCGUGACGACGAUUCUCGCACCUGAUGAACCGAUGGGGUGACCCAGGGAUACACCGCCGCCCAGAGUGUUGACCUUGCUUGCGUCCAGCCCCAGGAUCUUGUUGUUUGCCAACGCGACAGCAGAAAAGGCCUCAUUGAUCUCCCACAGAGCCACAUCCUCCUUCUUCACCCCAGCCUUCUCCAAUGCCAGCGGGAUAGCCUUUGCGGGCGCAAUGGGGAAGUCUACGGGUGCGCAAGCUG